GUCUACAAGUUACAUUAUCAAGUGUCUGUAACGAGACAAAAACAAUGAUGCGUUACUUUAUUCCCAUACCUAAAACUAAAAAGAUUGUUUUGGGGAAUGUGUUCAAGUUUACGGAAAAGGAAACGAAAACUGAGCUUAACAUAAGCUUGAGCCGUAAACAAGUGGAAGAUUCCAUUAGUAGAAGCUCCCAUGGAGUUGAGGCUAUUGUUAGAGAGGAUCUUGUUAGAAUUAAAGCGCACCUUCUUUUUCUCCGAUAUAUGAUAGACCACAUGAUACGAUGGAGCAGUGGUUUGAACUUAGAUUUCAAGUCUUCAAAUGGUCUAAGCCUUGCGAGUAUAUUUCAGCUUAAAUCUACACCAUUCUUCCGAUCUAUGUUGUUUGAGCUUCAUAUGAUACUAUUUAUUUACGCUCUAAAGCUCAGGGAGAAAGCAAUGGUGUUAGCCUCCAAAGAUAUGGUGGAAUCCACAAAGGCAUAUAGAGAAGCAGCUGGUGUUUUUGACUAUGCAUGUAAGAUUGGUCAUACUGAUUGGUCAUAUAUCGAGAAGUUUCCGGAGUUAACAUCUCCCGUUUGCUCCUCUUUGAAGCUCAUUUGUUUAGCUGAAGGACAGGUCAGUUUUCUCAUUUUGCUUACAGUAGAUUGUGACUAAAGGCUAUAACCAACAUUGUCAGUUUUGGCUAUAACCAAAUAUUUUUGUGAUUGCUACAUGAACACACUAGCACUUUUUCACACACGGAUGUUGAUAAGUACCUUUAGGUUUUUUAGGGCUUUGUCCCUUACAUAAUAGGCUGUGACGGCAAAUAAGGCCAAAGAGAAGGGGACAAGUGCAAGUCUAGUGGCAAAGCUCCAUUACGGUGUCACACAAUUUGUUGCUGAAGCCAAUGCUUCUCUAUUAUCCAAAACUAACACCCAAGUUAAACAACUCUCAUCACGAUUUUUGGAUUAUGUGUCGACAUUGGGAGCUUUGCACGAGCUAAAGAGUGGAAAACACUUAGCUGAAAGCUUGGAAUCGGAAGGGGAAUUAGGAGAAGAAGCCAUUGAAGAAGAAGAAGUUUUGAAAAAAAAAAUCAAUUUUUUUAUUUAUU